CAUGAUGCGAAAAUCAAAUGAAGUUUCAAGUCGUAAAGCCCGUUUACAGUUAUUUACAAAGAAAGACAAGAUCUGCUUGAUGAAGGCAGUGCAGAAAACUCCCGUAUUGUGGAAACCCGACCAUCCCAAACAUCUUGAUGCAUACACCGCAUCGAAGGCUUGGGAUGUUAUUGGAAAGCAACUGGACAAGGAUGCGAGGAAAUGCAAGGCUGCUUGGAUAUCUCUGCGCGAGAGCUAUCGCUACCACAUAAAGAAAUGCCGCAAAAGUGACGGCAAAGGCGCCGUCAGUCUUGAUCCAAAGGACAUAAAAUGGGAGUUUGCUCCGUACAUGGCCUUUAUGCUAUAUACGCCACCGCAGACACGAAGCAUAAACGAAGAUUGUUCGCCGGUGAUUGAAAGUGUAACCAGCUCGCCUGAAAAGGGAGAGGAUGAAUCAAAGGUAUUGAGGCAUGCAAGCCCAACAAGCCCACCCACAAAAGCAGACGAGUCAGAUACUGAAAUCUUGGAUAGUAUGAAAGCGGAGUUCGAGGAAUAUUGCUUACCACCUGAGUCUGGAAGCGAACCUAUAUGUGAGGACUCCUUACCCUCCAGCUCGUGCUCUCGCAAAAGACAACGGUCUGUUGAGAAUGAGACCGACACGCUUAUUGGCGAGCUUCUACAGCGGCAAAAUGCGUUGCUUGCCAAACAUAGAGAAGUCCCUGUCGGUACCCAAAGAGAUCUGCAAAACUAUGAUGUGUUCCUGUUCUGGGACAGCAUCAUGAAGGAUAUGUCGCCGGCAGCAGUGAGGGAAGCAAAAUUUGCCAUGACUGCUUUAUUGAACGACAUAUCCAAGAAAGAUAUAGAAAAUAAUAAUACAAUUAAGAAAUAAGCUAAGAAAAUAAAUUGUAAUAAGUUUUUCAUGUAACUUA